AUGAAGCCCCCACAUGCACGCAGUCGCGGCGAAGGGCAAGGCAAGAUGACCAUGACGGCGAGCGCUACGCCGAGGUUGGCUGAGGUGGUACUGCGCGGGGGCAGCUACGCGAGUGCAGAGGAGACGGUGAGCGAGAUGAUCAAGCGCAGGAAGGAGCUGCAGAAAGCUUUCGCGGCUGGCGACGUGGCGAAGCUCAUGGGCGCGCGCCGCCGCAUGGAGGGUCACGAACGCGGUCACACCCGCGGAGGACCGCGAGGCUCCUUGCCAAGGGCACGCACGGAGCAACAGUGCAUCGCUGCUGGGGAUGUUGAGGGCAUGCUCCGCGUCAUGGACGACCUCCUCGUGAUCACCCAGACGCUGGACCCGCUGUCGCACAAGUUCCUGCCGCACAAGGCUAACGAUCUGAACGAGAAGCUGUCGAAGGAGGUGAAGGUGAUGAAGGCGACGGAGGUGAACCCUAUCUGCACGGCUGCCGUGUGGGCACUGUACAUCACGGAGGUGGCCAAGGAGGACAGCUCGGUCACCUACUACAAGGUGGAAGUGGCGAUCGCGGUGCUGCGUGCCUCAAAGCUGGCGCAUUAG